UGACUCCGGGGCGGGGCUGUGGGCAGGGUGCCGAUUGAAAGACCGACUCCGCGGGAAUGGGGGGUGUGGUUGCUCGGCCAGAGUCCUUCGAGUGGGAGAGCGGCUCCGCGACCACCGGUGGCCGGACCCCCUCUGCCUUCUGCUAGAGAUGCUCUUCCUCUCGUUUCAUGCAGGCUCCUGGGAAAGCUGGUGCUGCUGCUGCUGCCUGAUUCCUGCCGACCGAUCUUGGGACCGGGGCCCGCGCUGGCGGCUGGAGAUGGCGGACACUAGAUCGGUCCAUGAAACCAGGUUUGAGGCGGCCGUGAAGGUGAUCCAGAGUUUGCCGAAAAAUGGUUCAUUCCAGCCAACAAAUGAAAUGAUGCUCAAGUUCUAUAGCUUCUAUAAACAGGCAACUGAAGGACCCUGUAAGCUUUCAAGACCUGGAUUCUGGGAUCCUAUUGGAAGAUAUAAAUGGGAUGCUUGGAGUUCUUUGGGUGAUAUGACCAAGGAAGAAGCCAUGAUUGCAUAUGUUGAAGAAAUGAAAAAGAUUCUUGAAACUAUGCCAAUGACUGAAAAAGUUGAAGAAUUGCUACAUGUCAUAGGUCCAUUUUAUGAAAUUGUAGAAGACAAAAAGAGUGGAAGGAGUUCUGAUUUAACCUCAGAUCUUGGUAAUGUUCUAACUUCUACUCCAAAUGCUAAGACUGUUAAUGGUAAAGCUGAAAGCAGUGAUAGUGGAGCAGAGUCUGAGGAAGAAGAGGCCCAAGAAGUAAAAGGAGCAGAACAAAUGGAUAAUGCUAAGCAGAUGAUGAAGAAAUCAGAUUAUAAGAAUUUGGAGAUUAUUAUCACGAAUGGCUAUGAUAAAGACAGCUUUGUUCAGGAGAUACAAAAUGACAUUCAUGCUAACUCUUCUCCAAGUGACCAAAGUGCUGAUGACGUAAAACCUGUUGAUAAAAACAUGGAGCAAACUGAAAAAAUUGCUGCCUGCAUUCACCAAGAUAUAAAUGAUGAUCAUGUUGAAGAUGUUUCAGGAAUUCAGCAUUUGACAAGUGAUUCAGAUAGUGAAGUUUACUGUGAUUCUAUGGAGCAAUUUGGACAAGAAGAGUCUUUAGACAGUUUUACAUCAAACAAUGGACCAUUUCAAUAUUACUUGGGUAGUGAUUGCAAUCAGCCCUUGGAAAAUUCUGGUUUUCCUGAAGAUGUCCAAGUAUCUCCUAGAAGUGGCAACAUUGGAAAUAUGCAGGUGGUAACAGUUGAAGGAAAAGGUGAAGUAAAGCAUGGAGGAGAAGAUGGCAGAAAUAACAGUGGAGCACCACACCGUGAGAAGCGAGGCGGAGAAAAUGAGGAAUUCUCUAAUGUCAGAAGAGGGAGAGGACAUAGGAUGCCACAUUGGAGCGAAGGAACCAAAGGUGGGCAAGUGGGAAGUGGAGGUGACGGAGAACGCUGGGGCUCAGACAGAGGAUCACGAGGCAGCCUCAAUGAGCAGAUUGCUCUAGUGCUCAUGAGAUUGCAGGAGGACAUGCAGAAUGUCCUUCAGAGACUUCAAAAACUGGAAACACUAACUGCUUCGCAGUCCUUGUUUCCCAAAAGAGUUACACUAAUGAGCGAAGAAAUUUUCCAGCUACAUUUUCGAGGUUACAAAUGA